GAAACGCAACCUGGUGUUCCAGUUAUGAUAAAUGUUACAACUGAUGAAGGAUCUUACGUUGGUCUAAUGGCACUUGAUCAAAGAGUUUUACAAAAUUCAAAUAACAAAUACGACUUAACAGAAGAUCUGGUUUUUACGAAACUUCGAAAUUAUGAUUCUUUAAGUAUCGAUUCGAGUCCAUUUCCUGGUUUAAAAGCAGGACUUGUAACUUUCUCCAAUGCAAUGACAGAAUCUGGAUCAGGAAUUGGUCAGGAACACAGUUUUCUUGCAAGUGGUAUAGAUGGUCAGGAAAAGACUGGAGUUUUCGAAAAACCAACUAUAGAACUACCACGAGUUCGAAAACUUUUUUCUGAAAGUUGGUUGUACAAAGAUUUUGAGAGGACUUCAGAUACGGGAUUGAGUUUUUUGGAAACCGUUCCGGAUACCAUCACUUCUUGGGCCAUUACUGGAUUUUCACUAAAUCCAAAAACUGGAUUAACUCUAACAAAACAUCCAACCGAAUUGAAAGUUUUUCAAAAAUUCUUCGUUUCAUUCGAUUUACCUAAUUUGGUUAAACAAGGCGAAAUGAUUGAGGUCCCUAUUUACCUAGCCAAUUAUAUGAACAAAGAUGCUUUGACAGAUGUGAAAAUAGAAAGGAGUAGUGAAGAUUUAGAAAUUCUAAAAAAUCCUGAGACUAUUCUAGGGUCUGAAGAAGGAAUUUCAAAACUUCUUCCUGCAAAUGGAAGAGACAAAAUUAUAAUUUUUAUAAAACCACUCAAAAUGGGUCAAUUUAAUAUAACUGUAAAAGCUUUUACAUCGAUUGCAAGUGAUGCCGUUCAAAAGACUCUUAAUGUCAAAUCUGAAGGCAUUCCCAAGACCAUAUCUAAGACCUUACUGAUCCAUUUACCCGAAGAAGGCAUCCAAAAUGACGAAAUCACUUUUGAUAUUCCUGAAAACGCUAUUCCUGCAUCUCAAAAAAUUGAAAUCUCAGUAGUUGGUGAUAUAUUUCGACCUUUGAUGAGAAGUCUGGAAAAACUAGCUCGAGUUCCACAUGGAAAUGGAGAAGACAAUAUGCGAGUUAUUGUGUCAAACUUAUUAGUUUUAAAGUACUUUCAGGCUCUCAAUUAUACAAAUCCCAGCUUAGAAAGCAAAAUAAGGCUACACUUAGAACUGGGCUAUCAAAAUCAGUUAUGUUUCAAACAUUUAGAUGGUUCUUUUGGACUUUUCGAUCGAAGUGUAGAAAGAAGUGGUGAUUUUUGGCAAACUGCUUUUACAUUGUGGGGAUUACAUCAAGUUAGCAGUGUUAUUGAAAUAGAUUCGAAAGUUCGAGAAAGAGGGUUAAACUACCUGAAGAGUAAACAACUUGGAAACGGGUGUUUUAAAUCAAAUAGUGGAGUUUUUGAAGAUGAUGUUAAAUUCACAGCUUUUGGUUUGAUAGUAUUUUUAAUGGAUAAUCAUUCGAAAACUAUAUACAGCGAAGUAGUUUCUAAAGGUCUUCAAUAUUUAUCUGAAAAUUCAGACAAUAUGGAACUAUCUUCAGUUUCAAUUUUGUCAACAUAUGUUCUGCUACUGGGAAGACAUGAAAAGGCUAAAGAAUGUCUUCAAAAGUUAUCGAGACAUUCUCGUUUGACAAGUAAACGAAUGCUGAAGACAAAACCAGAUACAUUGGAAUCUCAAAUUGAAACAACUGCUGAGAAUUUGAUAAAUCUCUUCGAAUCUCAAGAGCAUAAAAGGCAAACUUUGUUACACAUUGUUCGAGGAUUAAUAACAUUUGAAGAAGAAGUUUCACCUCUAACUUCUCUGAUAGCUCUUCGAGCAAUGAUUUUAUUUGUUGAUGAUCUUCAUUUGAAUAGAAAAAAUCUUGACAUUGGUUUUAAUGAUGAUGUCAGCAGUUCUGGAAUUUUUCAAGUUAAUUUUGAAAAUUCUCAAGUCUUGCAAACACAAAAGCUUUCUGAAAAUUCUCGAAGGAUACAUUUUCAAAGCAAAGGAUAUGGAUUUGCUGUGGUAGAUGUUAAAUAUGAGUACAAUUUAGUGCCAGCUGAAAAUAAAUUCCCAUCGACUUAUGCUACAAAUAUAACAACUCAGAGUUCUGCGGGGGCAUUGAGUGUAUUGGAAAUUUGUGUAAACGUUCUUGGAUAUAUUAGUCCGGAUGAUCUAACAAUCAUGGAAGUUAAUCUUCAAUCUGGUUAUAUUUUUGAUGAGACAAAUUUGGAAGAUAUUAAAAACUUGGCCAAGGCGAUUGAAUUAAAUGAUGAUCGUGAAAAAGUGACAAUUUAUUUUGACAAAAUCGAUUAUAAUGGAAUUUGUUUGAAACUAGGAGCACUUGAAGUGUAUAAAGUUCUUGAUGCUAAACCUGGAUGGGUAAUUCUGUAUAGUACAGACAGAAAGGAUGAACAAACUACAAAAUCUUUUUAUAUAAAUAAAUGAUUGAUGGUUUUAUUGACUGAUAACAACCCAAAGAUAUAAAAGUUAAUGGCAAAAUUUGUACAUAUUUUCUAAGC